GUAUGCCACUAUCCCGAAAUGCACCCGAUCCACAUUAGACGUCAGCUGGUCAACGCCCCUCCCCCUCCCCUUAGCAACAGAACCAAGAUGGCGGCGCCCAGUAACAUUGAUCAGUCGACCGAAACACCUACGCCGUUAAAGAUCCCUAAAACUGAAGUUCCAUCUCCAGAAUCGGAGGAUCUGAGCGACAGCAACCAAUAUCAUUCCAACCCGUCUACACCCAAUCGCUUUUCACCACUCAACGUAGGUAUCUCUGUUUCUGGAGGCGCAGGCCGAAGUGGAACGGCCUCAGCUUCCAAUAGCUUUACCGCCUGCAGGGGCAUGUCGUGGACUCCGUCCGAAACAAAUGCCUUGAUUGCCGUAUGGGGCAACGAAAGGCUAACCGAAGCACGGAUGCAACAGCUUGAGGUUGCAGGGACUGUGUUUUCUGGAAAGGCGCCGGGGCCAGCUAUGUACGAACGGGUAUCCAGAGCCUUAGCGGAGCUGGGCUAUGAAAGGACCCCUUCUCAAUGCCGGGAGAGGAUGAAGACUCUGCGGCGAUGCUACAGCCGGGUAAAGGAGCAUGGCAUAGGCAAACGGAAGAGCAGCUACUCCAUCGAGCAGCUGGAGAAGGUGUUCGGUCAGGGGGGGUGGGAUUCCCAGACCUGCCAGCCCGUCCUCAUCAACAGCAGCGGCCUCUACCAGGAGAUGGAGUCCGACGGCAGCACAAUGGAAGACUACUCACAGGAAGACUGGUGCAACCAGGAGCUGUCGGCCUUUCCGGAGAGGGACAUGGAGGCUGAGGAAAUCCAGCCUCCAAAGAACAGAGUACUGCAGAUACGACAAGAAUCGUCAAAUGACCUGCAGAAACAGGAAGUGAUGCAGAACGUGGUGCGCAUCCUGGAGUCGGUGGACGUCAAGUGGGAGCACUUCCAGACGUGGACGGACUUCUCGCGCCUGCACCUCUCCAACAAGCUGGCCAUCUUCGGCGUGGGCUACAACACGCGCUGGCGGGAGGAGAUCCGCUACCACUACGCCGAGAUCAGCUCCCAGGUGCCCCUGGGCAAGCGGCUGCGCGAGUACUUCAACCCGGAGAAGGCCGAGGGCCGCGUCAUCAUGACCAAGGUGCAGAAGAUGAACUGGAAGAACGUCUACUACAAGUUCCUGGACAUCACCAUCAGCGAGGCGCGCUGCCUGGAGCUGCACAUGGAGGUGGACUGGAUCCCCGUGGCGCAGUCCCGCGCCGCCGGCUGCAGCAACGGCUCCCAGUACCUGCUGCCCGGCGGCAUCCCCAAAACCUACGGCCUCUACGCCAUCGGCUACGAGGAGGUGGAGGCCGCUCCGGGCCCGUCCGGCCGGGGGGAGGGGCCCUCGUCGCCGGAGCCCAGCGAGCCCGACCCCGGCCCGACGCAGUCGGAACCGGCGGCGAAGGAGGAGGAGGAGGAUGAGGACGAGGAUGAGGAGGACGCGGCCUCGGCCAAAGUGACGUACUGCUACCUGGGCAUUGCGGAGGAACGGACCCUCCAGCAGUGCCUGUUCCAGCACUUUCAGAGCUCGGGCAAGUACUACAGCCGCGGCGAGCCGUCCGCCGUCACCAAGUUCCUGCUGGGGAACUGCAGCGUCCGGGCCAAGGAAGGGGGCUCGCCCCCCGUGGCCAUUUACAUCAAGUUCAUCGAGGUGGAGCUGGACUUCCUGUCAGCCGGCUCCUUGGUGGAAUGUCUAGAGAUAGCCAUCGGCUACUCUUUAAAGUUCAACAAGAGGGAAACGUUGUAAUGCUCCCCUCUGGUCUUUUCCAGUGACUCGACGCCACGUGCGAAAUGACUAAUGACGAUUAGCGGUCCGGCGGCGCGGGACACGUUUUUAUUUCCACCCCCCACCGCCCCGCCCCCCCCUUCUUAUUGCAGCUACACUCUUAUCAGGGAGUCCGUCUGUAUCGCUCAGACGGGAUGCUAAACCCGGGGCGGGACCUCUGCCGGGGGUUGGGGGGGCAGCUGGAGGGUGCUGUCAGCUGAUCUUAAAACUGCCUUUUUAUCGCCCUUGUUUUUGAAGUAUGACUUCAACCGAUGUGCCAGAUCAGACCUCUAGGUAAGGCAAAGUUGGGAAUCAGAGAGAAGAAGUGAGCAUUUAAUGACCUGUGGGAAUUCUAUAAUGAUUUAAAUAUAAAUUUUAUCUAUAUAUAAAUAUAUAUAUAUAUAAAUAUAUUUAAGAAUAUAUAUAUAGAUGUCGUCAAGCAUUCCAGCAUUUCCAAACUUGUCUUUUGAAGAAGAAGAAAAAUAUUUUAUUUUUGUUGUAAUUAGUUUUAUUUUUAAUUUGUGAACACGGGGUGUCUUUUAGUAUUAUGGUUUCCAGAUCACCUUCUUGUAUGUUUACAUUAUUGGUAAAACAAUAAACAGGCCACUGUCCAUUCAUCUGCCAUUCACUAAACACCAAUGAUUUGUCUUUGAUUUUCCAGAUACAUUUGAAUAGAUUUUUACCAUAAAAUUAUACUGUCUGAUGCAGGUGACCAAC